CCAUGAAGAAAGUGAAAUCCCUCCGUGAUCCUUCUGCCAAAAUGUCGAAGUCAGACCCUGACAAACUGGCCACCGUCCGAAUAACAGAUAGCCCAGAGGACAUUGUGCAGAAAUUCCGCAAGGCUGUGACGGACUUCACCUCGGAGGUCACCUAUGAGCCCGCCAUCCGCUCGGGCGUCUCCAACCUGGUAGCAAUCCAUGCGGCGGUGUCUGGCCUGUCGGUGGAGGAGGUGGUCCAGGGCAGCGCAGGCAUUGACACUGCACGCUACAAGCUGCUAGUGGCGGACGCUGUGAUAGAGAAAUUUGCUCCAAUCAAGAGGGAAAUUGAAAAACUGAAAAUGGACAAGGACCUCUUAGAGAAGGUUUUAAGAGUUGGAUCUGCAAAAGCCAAGGAAUUAGCCUUUCCCAUACUCCAGGAGGUGAAGAAAUUGGUGGGGAUUUUAUAGGAAGUUUCAACUAGUUAAAGUGUGCAUCUUGCCUUUUGUGCACUCCAAUAAAGGCAGCCUUCCAGGCUGGUUUACUUUGUGUAUACUGA